ACCACCCAAAGCCGAGCAGGACGAGAAUGAGACAGGCGAAGAAGGAGAGGUAGAGGACGAGGAGGAGGUGCUGGUGCUGGGUAUGCGGGUGGUUGUCGACGGCGAGCUGAGGGGAACGUUGCGCUUCCGCGGGAAGACGGAGUUUGCGCCUGGCGAGUGGCUGGGCGUGGAGCUGGACGAGGCUCGUGGCCGCAACGACGGAUCGGUUCACGGCGUAAGGUACUUUCACACUCGUCGGAACGUCGACGCUCCGCUUGGUGUCAAUCAUCCCCGUGGUGGCUACCGUGGUAUCUUCCUCCGCCCGGAUCGGGUGGCAAAGGCUCCUCGCCCGCUCACCGCACGCACGCUGGCCCGCCGCGCCCGAUCUGGCGAGUUCUCGCACUCACUCGCCUCGCUUCAGGACUACAAUGACUCGUUGGCCUUUAGCCGUGCAGAGUCGAUGGUCUUUUCAGACGGCGAGCCGCCGGUGGUGAAGGGUCCGGCCUCCGGCGGCGUCCCGCACUCGCGCUUCCGUCGCGAGCAGGCCGCCGACGCUCCACUCCGUGAAGAGGGCGCGCGGCUGGCUGCCAACUCGGCCGAUCCCUUCCAUCCCGACUCGUUCCAUCACGGUCUCUCCAAGGAGGCGCUCUUUGUCCGCAUCGUCGAGCUGGAGGAGACCAUCCAAGCCAUGAAGGACGCGGCCGUCGCCGCAGACUCCCAGCGCAACGCCCUGGUAUGGAAGCUCAUGGCCCACGCUGAUGCUGCCGCAGAUGCCGCAGACAAUUUACCGACCUCACCGGCCUCGGCCGUAGACUCGUUGCAGGGCCAGCGUAGCCAGGCCGAUGAUGCUGAUGACAUGAUGAGGAGUGUGGUCACCGCCCGCGAGCGCCACCUCAUGCGAGUCAUCAUGGCGCUCAAGGAGCAGCUGGCCAGCUCGGCUUCAGAAAUUGAGACCGCCAAGGCUCGCGAGGUCCGUGCCAAGGACAUGGCGGCAGUCAACAAGACGCUCGCCCGCGAUCUCCGCGCCAAGCACACCGCCCUCCUCACGGAGCACGAGGCAGUCGCCCGUAGGACCCGCAAGGCUGCCGCCGGCUCGGACGAGCAGCGUAUCCGCAUGAUCCAGAUGCUCCAGCGCGCGCUAACCCGCACCGAGGCCGAACUCACCGAUGCUCGCACCCAGCUCGACUCCAAGAACGACGAGCUUCAGGUGGCCAAGACCCUCGCCGCAGAAGCCGCCUUCCAGAUCUCGGCUUUGCCCAAGGGCGAAGCCUCCAACGAGCGAAUCAUCGCUCUCCAGGACACCAUCCACACGCUUCAAGUCGAAAAGCAGAACACCCAAGUUGUGCUCACCGAGAAGGAUCUGUGCGUUCGCCGCCUCCGUACCGAGCUCUCGCGCUCCCAGGCACGGGUCAAAACACUCCUCGGCCUUGUCCGCACCCACGUUACUGAUGAGGAGCUCAUUGAGCUCGGCAUCCUCGACCCCAGCUCGUGCCAACUCUGCCUCGAUUGGGACCCGCGUGUUGCCAGCAAUGCCCGCUCACGGCAGUUCGAUCCCGAGGUCGUCAACCUCGCCUCAACUCUCCGUGACCACAGAAGCCAGGUCCGCAGCCAGCGCCGCGCCGCCGCCGCCAUCCUCGACCCGGUCGAGCUCGCUCUCAACCGCAACCGAUCCACACUCCUCACUUCGCACCUCAUGAUGUCGAACGCUGAUCUCGCUGCCACAAGGGACCUUUCCACGCCCGCCAGUGAGCCGCCCGAGCACAACGAGACACUGGCUACUCUCGCGGCGCUUGCCCGGCCCGAGUAUCCGGCCCUUGACCCGACUCUCCUCCCAGCGCUCCGAAACGAGACGCUCUCGGCCAUGGUUCGUGGCAUCGACGCCGCCAAGCACAGCACCGUCACCCAAAAAGCCAACGUCGCCGACGAGGCGUGGCUGGCACCGCCGUAGCUACGCGUGUCUCCUAGUUCAAUGCUGUGCUACGUCUCUUCAAACUCGCCGUGAUCACUCACGUCCAACUCGUCAGUCGCCACCGAGCCGUCCGAGAGGGCAUCGACCGACGACAGAUCCAUGGACGAGAGCGACAUGCCUGUGCCGGCGACCGAUGCUAGCCGCCGCAGCCGCAUGUUCUGCGCCACCACGUCAGCGAGCUGCUGCUCGAGCUGCGCGUUGCGGUUCCGCUCGGCGGUCACCGUCGCCCGCGCGUUGCGGAGCUCCAUCUCCAGAUCUUCGAGCUUGGACGAGUCAACUUGAACACGGCUCGUGUACUCGACACGCAGCGCUUCCAGCUCGGUCGUCCGCUGGCGCAACAGUGCCUUGUGGUGAUGUAGAUCAGCGGUCCGAGCAUCGACCUCGUCCGUAGACACGGACGAGUCGAGCUGAGACCGACCUGCCUCAACGCUCCGUGUUUCUACAGUGGCCAGCGAAGCGCUGUCGUCCGACGCAGACUCGGAUGCGUGACUCGCGGACGCUGCGGACGGCACCAGCCGCUGCGACGGCGUGCGCGAGAGCUCCUGCAGAUGCG